AUGGCGUUGCUUUCAUUCACUAUCACCUGGUUACUGCUUUUUCAACAGAACAUAAAUGCCGAAUACUACACUGCUGUUAUUGAUAUAACGAAAGCAUGGAGGUUAAGUCAAGAACUAGUGUCCGAUCUAAAUUCUUACAUUGCCCUUGAAGAGAGACGUCUUAAUCGUAUUCGGAAAGUUGUCAAAGUGUUGGAUGCUAAUGGAUCAAUUAGUGACGCCUCGUCAACACUAAGUCAACAGAAUAAUGACCUAGAAGAAUAUUUAGGCAAUCCGAUUAAUGCUUAUCUUACAAUGAAGCGUCUUUCAUCAAGUUGGAAAUCACAGAUCAGUCAACUUGUUGACAAUGUACCAAACGGUUUUCAGAAGAGUGAUACUGAUGGGUCAGACUAUUUAAAUAUUUCUGAUGCUCAAAACACAAUCACAAUGAAUACAAUUCGAUCACGUGUUAAACAACAUACAGAUAUGCUACCUGGUGAUAAUGAUGUCAGUGGUGCAGUAGAUGCAAUUCUACGCUUACAGUCUACAUAUAAACUACCAGCUAGACAGCUUGCUUACGGUCAGUUAAUUGAUAAUCUGUCAACUCCUCAACUGAGUGCUGCUCAAUGCUUGGAAGUAGGUAGACAUGCCUAUUCACAGGGCGAUUUUGAACAAUCAGAAGAAUGGUUUCGUGUAGCCUAUGAUCGGUUAUUUGAUGAGUUAGAACAGAAAAAAGAAGUUGAUGCACAAGGAACUACCAUCGCAAGUGACGAAACUGAAGAAAAUGGAGAAACUGAACCGACAGUUGGACAAAUUUUAGACUAUCUUGCCUAUUCUCUUGGACGACAAGGAAGAUAUGCCGAAGCACUGAACGUGACACGUUUGCUAAUCGAAGAGGACGCAUUUGAAGUUAAAAAUGGGAACAGAAUAGCUACAAUUAUUUUUUAUUUAUCUGAUGUACAAGCAGGAGGAGCCACUGUAUUUAACCGUAUCGGUACACGUGUAGUCCCUAAAAAAGGAGCUGCUGGCUUCUGGUUUAAUCUUUUGCCUAGUGGAGAAGGUGACCUACGAACUAGACACGCUGCUUGCCCAGUUUUAGCUGGCUCGAAAUGGGUAAUGAAUCUAUGGUUUCAUGAACGCGGUCAAGAAUUUCAUAGGCCAUGUGAAUUAGAGCGUGGGGCAAUUGAAACAGAUGAUGGUUUUUAA